GCUGCAACAAAAUUUUUCGCCGUAUUUUAUUAACUAGGGUGACACUAUGCGUUAUCUGAUUGGUCAAAAAAGUAACUUAAGAGGCGGAGCGAAACUAAACUAUAAAAUGAGUUGACUAAUCUGGCGAGCAGGUAGUUGUUUUCGACGAAGCAGUCAAAUCUGUGUCGUUUUCUUUUGUGAAACAAAGCUUAAUUUGAAUCAAUAAUCAUUCAAAAUGACCGGUCGUGGCAAAGGUGGAAAGGGAUUGGGAAAAGGUGGAGCAAAACGUCAUCGUAAAGUUUUACGUGAUAACAUCCAGGGCAUCACGAAGCCCGCGAUCAGAAGAUUGGCACGUCGUGGAGGAGUGAAACGUAUCUCCGGUCUCAUUUACGAAGAAACCAGAGGUGUCCUGAAGGUAUUCCUCGAAAACGUCAUUCGUGAUGCCGUCACCUACACCGAACACGCAAAACGUAAAACCGUCACCGCCAUGGAUGUCGUUUACGCUUUGAAGCGUCAAGGGCGUACACUUUACGGUUUUGGCGGUUAAGUUUUUUUUAUAACCUAUGUUUUAUCUAUGAGACUACGAGGCGACGACAAUACCGGUAUACCAGCAUUGUUUGGUUUUUAUGUUUCUUCCUCAUCGUUAGUUACAUCAAUCUACUCUCUACUAUUCAUCGCAUUUUAAUUUUCGACGAAAAAAAAACGGUUCUUUUCAGAACCACAAAAAUAUUUCUAAACAAAUGAAAAAAGUACGUAUCACAAGGCUCUCAGUUAAACCACCAGUAUAAUAAAUGUUUGAUUUCCAAACUGUUUUUAUAUUUCUAGGAAAUGUAACAAAUAAAGUUGUGUGGUUUUU